UCUAGAUUUCGCACUUGGUCCCUCCAACUCCCCAUCUCGCCGAGUUGCGACAAGUCCCAAUUCACACAUACCCGCCACUCUCGCAACUACACACACGACCUCCACAAUGGCGCCCUCAAAGACGAGAACCAUCAAGAACAAGCACGCAUCCAACGGCUCCGGUAUUAAGAACAGCAAGAAUGCCGCCAAGAACGCCAGCGCUGUGCCCGACGGCAUCGUCAGGAAAUCCAAGGACACCCCCAAGGGUACCAAGCCGCUGAAGGCCAAGGGGAAGUCGAACCUCGACGCCCUGCUGAAGAAGCGCAAGAAGAAGGUCUACACAGAGGCGGAGCUCGAUAUUCCCAAGUUGAACAUGGUCACGCCCGCCGGCGUGGCGAAGCCCAAGGGCAAGAAGAAGGGCAAGGUCUUUGUCGACGAUAGGGAGAGCAUGACGACAAUUCUGGCCAUGGUACAGGCCGAGAAGGAGGGCCAGAUCGAGUCUAAGAUGAUGAAGGCUAGACAGAUGGAGGAGAUCCGCGAAGCCCGCCGAGUAGAGGCCGAGAAGAAGGACGAAGAGAGGAAGUCGAAGUUGGAGGACACCAAGGACUCCCUGCGUAAGAAGAGGAAGCGCGCCACCAACGGGAAGCCCGAUACCGAGGAGAACGUCAACCACAUCGCGAUCUCCGGGUCCCGGGCCGCCAAGCCCAAGAAGAAGAAGAGCGUCUCGUUCGCGUAAGGGACCAUCGACGAGUGGAGAGGCGCUGCCUCUUAGUAUUAGCAUGUGUUUGCAUCAUGGGCGGCGUUCGGGAGUGCCAAAACAAAACAUACUGGACUGGGAAGUGGGAGGGGGAUCUUAUAUUCGUCUUGUUUUAAACCCCUUGUAGUGUUUCGCGGCGUUCAGAGCGGAUACCAUGGCGGAUCUUGCCCUUCCGCGAGAGCUUAAUGCAUCACCAACGGGCAACUACCAAGC